AUGCAUGUGCGACGACGAAAUGGGCACGUUUGGAUUAAUUUUAUUGCGCUGCUUUGUCUCUGUGACGGCUCUGCUUCGCAGUUAUCUUAUUCCGUUCCCGAGGAGGUGAACAAAGGCACGGUAGUGGGGAACAUUGCAAAGGAUUUAAACCUCAAUAUGCCAGAACUGGAGACCAGGGAUCUGCGUAUUGUUUCAAGUUUCAGUAAGAAAUAUUUUGACGUGAAUUUGCUAACUGGGAAUCUCUUUGUUAAUGAGAGAAUAGACAGAGAGGAGCUUUGUCCGCUUGUGGCGAAAUGCUCCGUCAAAAUUCAAGCCGCUUUAAAGGAUCCGAUGAGUGUACAUCGCAUUGAGGUAAACAUCCUCGACAUGAACGAUAACUCCCCUUCCUUUAUAGACUCGUGGCAUGUGUUAAAUAUCUCGGAAUCGAUGUCGCAGGGAGAGCGGUAUCUGCUUCCAGUGGCAGUUGAUGCAGACAUAGGAAACAAUGCUGUGAAGACCUACAAGCUUAGUCAAAAUGAACACUUCUCUCUAGAUGUGCAGAGCGGCGGAGAACACGGGGUUUCUGCUGAGUUGGUGUUACAGAAAGCUUUAGACAGAGAAAAAGAACCAGUAAUUAAACUCAUUCUGACCGCUGUAGAUGGAGGUAAACCAGCAAGAUCGGGGACCUUGCAGCUAACUGUCAAUGUGAUAGAUGCUAAUGAUAAUACGCCUGUAUUCAGUAAGUCUCUUUAUAAAGCGAGAAUAACAGAAAAUGCGACUCCUGGAACAUUUGUUAUCAAAUUAAAUGCAACAGAUUUAGAUGAGGGCAGUAAUGGUAAAAUAGUUUAUUCCUUUAUCAAAAGAGGAAACAUUGAUCCAUCAAAUAUUUAUAAUCUCAAUUCAGAAACGGGAGAAAUAACUGUUCGAGGCCAUUUAGAUUAUGAGGAGACAGCUGCCUAUGAAGUGAGAGUUCAAGCUAUGGAUCAUGGCCCAUUUCCACGCAGUGCACACGCGAAGCUACUGAUUGAGAUUAUUGAUGUUAAUGAUAAUCCUCCAGAGAUAGCCGUGACGUCACUGAUGACGCCUGUAAGUGAGGGCGCUGAACUGGGGACUGUUGUUGCAUUUAUUACAGUGAAUGAUGAAGAUGGAGGAAACAAUGGCGUUACCAAAUGCAGCUUAGUGGGCUCUGUUCCGUUUAAGUUGACACCAAACUAUAAAAAUGAUUAUUCAAUAGUUGUAGAUGGACCACUGGACAGAGAACAGGUUUCUCUUUACAAUGUCACUAUUACAGCUAUAGACGAAGGCAGUCCCCCUCUCUCCAGCUUCAGUGUCAUAAAUGUUCAUGUUGCUGAUGUUAAUGAUAAUCCACCUCAGUUUAUGGAGCCUGUGAUACAUGCUUUUGUCAAAGAAAACAGCCCAGUGGGCUCACUUCUACACACUAUAAAAGCCUUUGAUUCUGAUCAAGAUACAAAUGCAAAGAUUACCUACAAACUGUUACACAGUUCUCCAAAAACUGUUCCAAUUUCAUCUGUUUUGAACAUAAAUUCAGAGACUGGAGACAUAGUCAGCCUGCAGUCGUUUAACUACGAGGAGUUAAAAACUUUCCAGUUCAAAGUUCAGGCCACAGAUUCUGCGUGGAUAUGUCUCGCUGCUGUGGUGUUGGGUUGUUCGCUGGAAGCGGUUUUUGGACAGCUCUCUUACUCCGUGUCAGAGGAGGUGAAUCUGGGGACCGUUGUCGGAAAUAUAGCGAAAGAUUUGAACGUCAAUGUUCAAGACCUUGAAUCCCGGAUGUUUCAGCGCUCUGCCUGGAUGUAUUUCAUGUGUCUGAUAUUGGAUUAUUGCUGGAAUGACGCGGCCGGACAGCUUACUUAUUCUGUCUCAGAAGAGGUUAACAGAGGAACGUUUGUUGGAAAUAUCGCUAAGGAUUUGCAGAUAAAUAUUCAGGAUUUGGAGCCCCGCAUGUUCAGGAUUGUUGCUGGCUCGAAGAGAAAAUAUUUCGAGGUAAAUACCAAAACUGGAAUUCUCUAUGUCAGUGAAAGAAUAGACAGGGAGGAGCUGUGCGCGAAAGCCAUGAAAUGUACAGUAAAUGUAGAGGCGGUGAUAAGUGAACCGCUAAAGCUUUACCGCAUUGAAAUCAACAUUCUUGAUGUCAACGAUAAUUUUCCGUACUUCAAUGCAAAAUCACAAAGUAUAGAUAUUGCUGAAAGCACAUUGCCGGGGAUCAAAUUCCCACUGCUGCAGGCCUACGAUGCAGACGUCGGAAAGAAUGCCAUAAACACAUACAAGCUCAGCCUCAAUGAACAUUUUUCAUUAGCCAUCAGUAAAUCAGGAGAGAGCAUUUCCACAGAAUUAGUGUUACAGAAAGCGCUGGACAGAGAAAAAGAGCCGCUUAUUAGGCUUACUUUAACAGCCUUAGACGAUGGAAGUCCACCAAAGUCUGGAACGUCAGAAAUCAUAAUCAAUGUUUUAGACAAUAAUGAUAACACGCCAGUGUUUGCAAAGUCUUUGUACAAAACUCGUGUUUUUGAAAAUGUCCCUAUUGGCACAACUCUGCUAACUUUAAAUGCCACGGAUGCAGACGAAGGAACAAACAAAGAGAUCACAUAUACACUGAGCACGAAGGAGCAGGACCACAUAUUGGAGAUUUUCAAACUUGACCCAAACACUGGUAUUCUGACAGUUAAAGGAAAUGUGGAUUUUGAAGAAUAUCCAGCUUUUGAGAUUCGUGCACAAGCCAGUGACAAUGGCCAGCCACCAAUGUCUGCUCAUUGUAAGGUUCUUCUAGAGGUGGUGGACCUAAAUGAUAAUUCCCCUCAGAUUACAGUGACAUCACUACUAAAUACAGUAAAAGAGAAUGCAAAAAUAGGUACAGCCAUAGCACUUGUUUCCGUUUUGGACAAAGAUGGUGGUAAAAACGGAGAGGUUCAGUGUGCAGUAAAUGAUAAUAUUCCAUUCAAAUUAGAAAGCAACUAUAAAAAUUAUUAUUCACUGGUGGUUGAUGGUCCCCUGGAUCGUGAGAGCAUGCCUAGCCAUAAUGUGACUAUAACAGCAACUGAUGGUGGUAACCCCUCUCUCUCAAGCACCACCAUCAUUUCUAUUGACAUUUCAGAUAUUAAUGAUAACGCACCACAGUUCUCAUCACCAAACAUUAAUGUUUAUGUAAGAGAGAACACACAAGUUGGAGUUCUUAAAACAGUUUCUGCAAAUGAUGAAGACACAGGUGAAAAUAGCAAGGUGAGCUAUUCAUUCUUAUCAAGCAACAAAGAUUCAUUAAGAAUAUCUACAAUGGUAAACAUCAACUCAGAGACUGGAGACAUAGUCAGCCUCCAGUCUUUUAACUACGAGGAGCUAAAAACCUUCCAGUUCAAAGUUCAGGCCACAGAUUCUGCGGUUUUUGGACAGCUCUCUUACACGGUCUCUGAAGAGGUGAAUCUGGGGACUGUGGUCGGGAAUGUUGCAAAAGAUCUCAACCUAAAUGUCCAAGAUUUGGAGUCGCGUAUGUUUAAGGUCAUUGCUGGAUCAAAGAGGAAAUAUUUUGAGGUGAAUCUAAAAACUGGUCUCUUCUAUGUGAAUGAGAGAAUAGAUCGUGAGGAGCUCUGCGGUAAUGAUCCUAAAUGUGCUCUUACUGUAGAAGCUGUCAUUAAUAAUCCUCUGAAACUGUACCAUAUUGAAAUUACGAUAGCAGAUGUCAACGAUAAUUCCCCUUUAUUUCUCAGCAAGUUGCAGGUAUUGAACAUUACUGAGAACACAGCAACGGGGACAAAAUUUCCACUGCAUCCAGCUCACGAUGCAGAUGUAGGUAAAAACACUGUAAAUUUGUAUAAGCUCAGUCAAAAUGAGUAUUUCUCUCUGGAAACAAAUAAAGGAGAGAUCAUAACUCCUGAACUGGUUCUUCAGAAACUUUUAGACAGAGAAAAGAAAGCCGUAAUUAUGCUCACGCUGACUGCGAUAGAUGGAGGAACACCUGCUAAAACGGGCACGAUGACAAUAAUAGUGAAUGUGUUGGACAUUAAUGAUAAUGCUCCUGUAUUCAAUCAAACUCUGUAUAAAACUAGGGUGUAUGAAAAUGCAAAAGUAGGUACGUCAAUAAUAACCUUACAUGCCGAUGACUUAGAUGAAGGAAAACAUGGAGAGAUUAUAUAUUCAUUCAGUGAGGUAGGUCGAGGAAAACAAACAGAUAUCUUUGAAAUAGAUAAAAUCACGGGAACUGUUACAAAUAUAAAGAAUAUCGAUUUUGAAGAGAAGAACGCAUAUGAGAUAAGAGUGCAAGCCAGCGAUGGGGCACUUUUUCCAAUGACUUCGCAUGCCAAACUAUUGAUUGAAGUCUUGGAUGUUAAUGAUAAUGCUCCUGAAAUCACAGUAACGUCACUGUUAAGCACCGUCAAAGAGGAUGCCUCCACUGGCACUGCUAUUGCUCUCGUUUCAGUAUUUGAUAAAGAUGGAGGUAAAAAUGGAAUGGUGAGCUGUAAAAUAUCCAAUGAUGUCCCCUUUAAACUGGAAACAAACUAUAAAAAAUACUAUUCGUUAGUUGUGGACGGUCCCCUCGAUCGAGAGAGUGAGCCUCAAUACAACAUAAUCGUGCUGCUGACUUUCUGCUCGGGAACAGUGUCUGGGCAGCUCUCGUAUGCAGUCACAGAGGAGGUAAAUCCUGGGACUUCGAUUGGAAAUAUUGCGAAGGAUUUAAACAUCAAUUUUCAGGAUUUGGAGUCCCGCGAGUUCAAGAUU